AGAUAGUGUAAAUUUUUAUAUUUUUAAUAAUACAAAACAUUGAGCAAUGCGAUUGAACAAUUUUCAAAUCUCUCUCUCUCUCUCUCUCUCUCUGUCGAAGAAAUUCUUUGAAUCUGGUUGGGGUGGGUGGGGAAUUAUGAAAUGACCCAGAAAUAAAAGCAGCAAAAACAGAAAAAAUCCAAACAAGGGUGCCGGUAAAUCAGCUCGAAGGAAUUUCCGUUCCAAGUCUUCUAAUAAUCAAAGCGCUUAAGAGAUUUACAUGGGCACUGCUCAAGUUAAAGAUAAAACCCCCUGAAUCUAAGCUCACACUUUGAUUCUGUAUUGGGCAUUUACAUCCGGAGUUCUUGAGUUCUGUUUCCAUAGUUUCGUCUUGUUGGCAGAUCCAAGCUGCUUUUCGCAAUUUCAGCUUCUGGGUUUCUGCAAAUUCAGGUUUUAUUGGUGAAUAGCUUGAAAGUACACUCUCCCACCUACGUUCUAUAUGGGUGGUCACUGUUGCUUCAGCAUUAUGUGUGGAUGGUCAAUGUGGAGAUUAUUUGACUGAAACUUUUGGUUUUCGAUUAUCUGGAAAUGAGCCGGUCGCCAUCAUUUUCUGUCAAGCCAGAACUUGCUUCAGAAGUUGAUGAAAAAUCUUUGCAGCAAUGGGUAGUUGCAUUUUGUAUCAUUAGGUUUGAUCUUGAGCAGGGCCAGCUCAUUGAGGAGUGUUACCCACCUGGCUCUCUUACCCAAAAUGAGGAGCUUGAAGUCUCCUUUAGUUCAUUCCCGGAUUCAGUAUCACAGAACCAUAACCGCGCAAGCAUCCAUGAUUGUAUCUUUUUCUUCCGCAUAAAGAGACAUAAAGCCCCUGACAUUUUGAAUAUUGAACCAUCAGAGAUUGUUGAAGUAGAUAAUAACAUAUCAUCCCAAAAGCUAAUCGGUGAGGCUGUCCAAGAGAGUAAAUGUCAAAACAACUAUGACUCAAGAUUCUUGUACGGCUUUGUGUUUAAUAGACAGAGACAUGAUGAGAGGCUAAAGCGAGGAGGUGAACAGAAGUCUGUGGUUAUUCUUUCUCAUAGUCCAUAUACUAGUGUGUUUAGACCUUUGUUACAAAUUAUGGGUCCCUUGUACUUUGACAUUGGAAAUAAGGCCCUUAAUUAUAUUGCUGCUUAUGUAUCAAAGUGGCCUGUACCUUUGCCUGGUCAGCUGGUGGAACUUCCUAUUGGGAACGCGUCACUGAAAGUGAACCUGCCUCCUUCCCAUAGUUUGCCAUCAGAUAAUGGAUUUUUUGAAGACUCUGCUUCCUCACUGGCUCCUCUUCUUCCAUCAAAUCUAUCAAUUCCACAGGGCCUAUUUCAUGACUCAGAUCUUUUCGGUACGUUCCGUGGACUGCUAAUGCAGCUUUGGAAGCUCUGGGAACUACUACUCGUGGGUGAACCCAUCUUAAUUAUAGCACCAACGCCUCCCCAGUGUUGUGAAGCUGUUGCUGGUCUGGUUAGUUUGGUUGCCCCCCUUCUUUUUAGUGUUGACUUCAGGCCUUACUUCACUAUUCAUGAUCCAGAAUUUGCCAAAUUGAACUCUCUUCAAGAGGGUUCCUCCUUCCCGCCAAUGAUUUUAGGUGUGACAAACCUUUUCUUCUUAAAAGCACUUCGUAAUAUGCCUCAUAUAGUUUCAGUUGGGAGUCCUAUGUCAAAUUCAAGUCGUUUUACUGUUGCUUCUAAGGGUUUACCUGGAGGGAUCCCUGGUCAAAAUGAAGGGUCUAGCAUCCAGCAUCUUUCUUUUAGGAAGUUUACUCCUGCAAAUUUCUUGAAUGCUGUGAAGUUGAGGAGAGAUGGUCCUUUGUGUCUAAUGACAGAGCACAAAGAAGCUGUAUGGACAAACUAUGCUGCAGUGACAAAGCCGGAUACCUCCAUCUUGAACAGGCUUAUUGAUGCUGGACUGUCCCCAAGGGUUGAGGAGUCAAUGUCGGUUGUCAACAAUGAUAUACUACGUCGCCAUUUUCUGGAGCUGACAACUAAUUUCUUGGCACCUUUUGGUCCAUAUUUUAGAGCAAAUACACCUUCUGAAGCAUCAUCCCCAUUUGCUGAUCCACCUCCUCUACCCUCAUUCAAUGCUGAGGAAUUCCUUGCAAGCUUGUCAGCAAGAGGUCCUGGGAAGUUUUUGCAGAAGCGGAUGAGGUCAAAUUGGCUGGAUUUGUACAGGCGGUUCUUGAAUGGACACAACUUUCUGCCUUGGUUCCAGAGAAAACGUGCUGUUGCUGAGCAAGAACAGUAUAAGUUGUGGAGGCAAGCUAGAGUUAAGAGCAACAUACAUCAGUUGAUCCGUACAAUGUCUGAAUUGGAAAUUGUUGAUUCCUUCAAUGCAAUUGAGAGACACCUUCAAGGAGAGAUGCAGUAUGGAAUAGCAAAUGAAGAUACUGAAGCAGUCUGUGAGAAACUGAAGAAAGAUCUGAAGACCGUGUUCAGUGUUCUCCCGAAGGACAUGCAGCAGCUUUUGAUCAUGAAUCCUGAGAGGGCGUCUCUUCUACAAGAAAACCAUGAAUGUUCCGAUCUUCCUAAGCAGACUCUUCUGCCAGAUGGUGUUGUAUCCUCUGCUUAACCCAGAUGACAUGCAAAACAUGGUUUCAAAUUUGUCAAUGGCAGUUCCUCAUGUACAAGACAGUCUUCACUGGCAACCUGAUUCUUUCUUUGAGAAGUCAUGAAUUUUGUUAUAGCUUCACUCUGUUAUUGGUGCAGGAUGCUUGAUGCUCCUUUUGUCAGAAAUAUCUCAAACUAGUCCGGGUAACAUUCACAGGGGCACAACAUGUUGGAUAUAUUGCAUUCUCAAAUCCCUUUCUAAAUUCUCCAGAUGAGAUUGAGGCAAGAACCUCAAGAAAUACAGUCAGGUUACAAACUUUUGGGAAGAGAGCUGGUAUCAACAGGUUACAGAAUGAUAUUGG